AAAACUAGAGCAAUGUUCUCCAUUUUCGGGAAGCGCAAGCCCGCAGAGACACCCACGGAGGAUCAGCCCAUCCAGGGGCCGGCGGAGGGAUCCCGUCCAGGCACCAGUGGCGAUGACUUCGUGUUCAUAGAGCGGAGGCCCGGACCGGAUGCACCUCCUCCGUCCGCAGCCUCCAUUUCCGGCGCCAUGUACCCGCCCAUGCCGCCGGCGGGCUAUCUGCCCUAUCCACCAAUGCCAGGAGCCAGGGGCGGUGGUGGGCCGGGAGCUGGAGCUGCGAUGAAGCUGCCUGGGACCCAAGGACCCGUCAACUACUUGCAGGACAUUCCCUUCGAGCUGGCACCCGGCCUGGCCACCAAGGAUCGCUAUGCCAGCACCCAGAUGCAGGUGGACAGCAUCCUGGCGCUCCUCACGCGACAGAUGUCCGUGGACGAGCUGGCCGAGGAGUACACGUUCGCCCUGGAGAGAUCCGUGCAGAACGAGUGCUACUAGCAUUAGUCCGUAAUUUCACUGGUUAUUGUAAUA